AUGCAUUCAAUUGAACCGAACGCCUACCGCACGAGUGAACCGAGCCCAGAGCGUGGGAGAAAGGAUUUCCCUGGAAAGAGUCUUUUAUCCGUGGUGUUAUGGGUACUGUUGGUGGGUGUGCUGGUUCCCUGGCCGGUGGUAGUGGCCCAAGGUAUCGCACCAGUCGAACCAAAUGGCAACGAGACGAUGGAAUAUUACCACCUGGAGAUGGACGGCAGCGCGGAUGUGAAGGAACGCGAAUUGCAGGAACUGCGCCAGAGGCUGGCCGGUACGACGUUGCGUGUUACCACGCUGCAGGACUGGCCAUUAAGCUACACGGUUAAAGUAAACGGUACGAUUGUCGGUGCCGGUGUCGCGUUCGAUCUGCUCGAGUUUCUGAUGGAGAAGUUCAACUUCACGUACGAGCUGGUCAUGCCGGAGCAGAACAUCGUCGGUUCAACCCAGGACAUGCCCGGUAGCGUACUGGCGUUGUUGGCAAACGGCACCGCAGAUCUAGCCGUAGCGUUCCUACCGAUCCUGGCCGAUGCCCGGCAGCACAUCCGCUACUCGACCGGGUUGGAUGAGGGCGAGUGGAUCAUGAUCAUGGUACGCCCGAUGGAAUCGGCUAGCGGGUCUGGUUUGUUGGCGCCGUUCAAUCGGGACGUGUGGAUAUUGAUUCUGAUCUCACUGCUCGCCGUGGGACCGAUCAUCUACGGGCUGCUGAUCUUGCGCCAUCGGCUCACCAAGGACAAGGAGCAGGUUAUUUACAGCCUGCCGCAUUGCGUUUGGUUCGUUUACGGAGCUCUCAUGAAGCAGGGCAGCACACUGUCACCGACGGGCGAUUCAACCCGAAUCCUGUUCGCUAGCUGGUGGAUAUUCAUAACGAUCCUGACGUCCUUCUACACGGCCAACCUGACCGCUUUUCUCACCCUGUCCAAGUUUACGCUCCCCAUCAACAACGUGGAGGACGUCCGACGAAAGGAGAAGCAGUUCGUCACCAUCCGAGGUGGUGCGGUGGAGUACGCCAUCAAAAAUCCCGAUGAAACACUCAACGCGCUCAGCGUCCUGGUCGACAAACGGUUAGUCGAUUUCACGAACAACAUCAACGACAGUGACACGCUCGCGGACAAGGUGGCGAAACAGAACUACGUCUUCGUUCGCGAUCGACCCGCGAUCAAUCACAUGAUCUACGCGGAUUAUCUGUUGCGGCGAAAGAUCAAUCCGAUCAACGAACGGGUACACUGUCCGUACGCGACUGCUACCACACCGUUUCUGAAGCGGAACCGUGCCUUUGGAUACCCACCGAUGACGAUGUGGAACCGCAUUUUUGACCCAGAGUUGCUGAAAAUGGUCGAGGGGGGCAUCAUCAAGUACAAGCUGAACGAUCGUCUACCGAAGGCUGAAAUUUGCCCUCAAAAUCUGGGCGGCACGGAACGUCAGCUCAAGAACCGGGAUCUCGUGAUGACGUACUUCGUCAUGGUGACAGGAUUCGUCACUUCGAUUGUGGUGUUUGUGAGUGAGCUUGGUUUCCGGUAUCUCAACCAACGCAAGAUCGCCAACGAGCUGCUGCAGCAACCAGCGAAGAAGGUGUCCACCGAGCGUAUCUCGUACUUGGGCAAGCAGUUCAGUGCCGGGGAUUCGCCGCCACCACCGUACGCGGAGAUUUUCAGCCGCCAUCAGCAGGGCGUGCUGGGAAGCGAACGAACCGGGAAGUUGUUUGAGGACGUGAACAACAACCAUCUCGCGAAUGGUGCUAAUCGGCAGAUGAUCAAUGGGCGCGAUUAUAUGGUGGUGCGGGAAAAGAACGGACUUGGAUCGCGACUCAUCCCGAUGCGAGCACCGUCAGCGGCCAUUUUUCAUUAUACUUAUGCCAACUGA